CCCAUCAUGCACGUCCGCAGCAGACGAGGACUGGUUUAAAAUGGCGCUGUCUUCUGCUCAAGGAACAAAGAAGAAAGUUUGCUAUUAUUAUGAUGCUGCUGUGAUGGUGUGUGUCAUCACCUCUGUCCUCCUCAUCCAGGAGAUGUGGGGAACUACUACUACGGCCAGGGACACCCUAUGAAGCCGCAUAGGAUUCGCAUGACACACAACUUGCUGCUAAACUAUGGACUGUAUAGAAAGAUGGAGAUCUACAGACCUCACAAGGCCAGUGGAGAGGAGAUGACCAAGUACCACAGUGAUGACUACAUCAAGUUCCUCAGGUCCAUCCGGCCAGACAACAUGUCCGAGUACAGCAAACAGAUGCAGAGAUUCAACGUAGGAGAAGACUGCCCUGUGUUUGACGGCCUGUUUGAGUUCUGUCAGCUCUCAACUGGGGGCUCUGUCGCGGGGGCAGUGAAGCUGAACAAGCAGCAGACUGACAUUGCCAUCAACUGGGCCGGAGGACUCCACCAUGCCAAGAAGUCGGAGGCAUCCGGCUUCUGCUACGUCAACGACAUCGUCCUAGCUAUCCUGGAGCUUCUCAAGUACCACCAGAGGGUGCUGUACAUAGACAUCGACAUUCACCAUGGCGACGGGGUAGAGGAGGCCUUCUACACCACAGACAGAGUCAUGACGGUGUCCUUCCACAAGUACGGAGAGUAUUUCCCUGGGACAGGAGACCUGCGGGAUAUCGGAGCAGGGAAGGGGAAGUACUAUGCUGUAAACUACCCCCUGAGGGACGGAAUCGAAGAUGAGUCAUACGAAGCCAUCUUCAGACCGAUUAUGGCUAAAGUGAUGGAGAUGUACCAGCCCAGUGCCGUAGUGCUGCAGUGUGGAGCAGACUCUCUCUCUGGGGACAGACUGGGCUGUUUCAACCUCACCAUCAAAGGCCAUGCCAAGUGUGUGGAGUACAUGAAGAGCUUCAACCUGCCCCUGCUGAUGCUGGGUGGAGGGGGCUACACCAUCAGGAACGUGGCCCGCUGCUGGACCUUUGAGACGGCUGUGGCUCUGGACAGCAGCAUCCCUAACGAGCUGCCCUACAACGACUACUUUGAGUACUUUGGGCCGGACUUCAAGCUGCACAUCAGCCCGUCCAACAUGACCAACCAGAACAGCAGCGAGUACCUAGACAAGAUCAAGCAGCGUCUGUUUGAGAACCUGCGCAUGCUGCCCCACGCCCCGGGAGUCCAGAUGCAACCCGUCCCUGAAGACGCCCCACACCCAGACAGUGGAGAUGAGGAGGACGACCCCGACACACGCAUCUCCAUCCGCGCCCACGACAAGAGGAUCGCGUGUGACGAGGAAUUCUCAGACUCCGAGGACGAGGGGCAGGGGGGCGGGCGCAGGAACGCAGCCAAUCACAAGAAGACCAAACGAGUGAAGAAGGAGGAGGAAGGGGAGAAACAAGAUGUGAAAGAGGAGGAGGAGGAUCAGGAAGAGGAGAAGAUGGAUACUUCAGGGCCAAAAGAAGAGGUUAAAACCACCUGAGAUACGAGCCAGACGUCUGAAAGGAGGGCUGGUCGGUUCAGACAGAUGUGCGAUGCUUGAGGACUAACUUAUUUUCUACUGAUGUUCAUGUCUAGAUUCCUGGAUAAAGCUGUGAAGUUAGAGUUCAUGUUCCUGUAGCGCCUCAGAUAGCCAGGGUCAGAGGUCAGCCAGACCACAGACACCAGCUCCUUCUUCUGUUUGGUACUUUUUCAUUUUUUAAGAUGUAUGCUCAGAUGUUCCCAGUAUUUCGGCACACUGAGGAAUUGCGCAAUGUUUAAAUGUUCUUGUGUAAAUGGAGAUGUUUUUCUGACGUGUGUGCGCUAGGUCAGAGGGUGUCGCUGGGUCAGAGAGACCUUGUUUUAGACCUGAUCUUUUGUACUGUUCUCCGCUGACAGGAGACCACCUCCAGCUGUAUGGGAGUGUCAGGUGGUUGUAAAUGUGUGUCUAACUUUGGUUACAAAAAUAAAGAUGUUUACUGUC